GUGCUCCUGAGUGUCCCUGGGUGUCCCCAUGUGUGUCCCUGAGUGCAGGGAGGGGCAGAGUAGGGCCAGGCUCUGCUCCAGGGCCCAGCGAUGGCACCAGAGCCACGGGCAGAAUUCCUGAUCCCAGGAAUUCUCCCGGCACAGGAGGCAGAACUUCUGCCCUGGGCAGUGCCCAGCCCUGAGCAGAGAGCAGAGAGGCUGUGGGAUCUCCCUCACCGGGGAUAUUCCAGAACUGUCAGGACGUAAUCCUGAGCCCUGUGCUCUGGGAUGGCCCUGCUGGAGCAGGGAGGUGCCUCCAGUGACCCACUGUGGUCCCUUCCAUUCAGGAAUUCUGGGAUUCUGUGUCCUGCGGGGAAGCGCCGCUGCGGUGGAAUCCAGAGGGGGUUUCCUGCCACUGCGGUCAGCAUCAGCCCCUUCCCGGUGACUGACAGCUGUCAAUCAGUGCGGGGGCUGCCGGCCGGCGGGGGCCGCUGUGGCGGCGGCGGAAGCGGAGGAGGAAGAGGAAGCGGCGCUUCUUGGCGGCAAGGAAAGGAGAGGCGGCGGCAGGGCAGGGCAGGAGCGGCGGCGGGCGAGGGCCGCUCCGAGCGGAGAGCUCCGGCUCCGGUGCGGGAGGCACGGGAAGGAGCGGGCCGGCCCCGCUGUGCGGCGGCCGAGGCGAGGCUCUCCCGGCCCGCUGUGUGCCUCCGCCAGCCCCGCUGCCGCAGCCCGUCCCUGCGCUCGGUCGCUGCCGGUGCGGGGAUGGAGCUGGCGGGCGGCAGCACCAUCUCGCUGUGGACCGUGGUGGCGGCCGUGCAGGCGCUGGAGCGCAGCGUGGCCGCACACGCGUCCCGCCUCUUCAGCCUGGAACACCGCGCCGGGAACAGCGAGAAGAAGCACCUGGACUGCGAGAAAAUGGUCGGGGAGUUCGGGAGCCAGCUGGAGAGCAAGUGCGCGGCGCUGGGCACCCUCAUCCAGGAGUACGGGCGGCUCCAGCGGCGCCUGGAGAACAUGGAGAACCUGCUGAAGAACAGGAAUCUCUGGAUCCUGCGGCUGCCCCCCGGGGUGGAGGUCCCCAAGGCCCCGGCUGUGGCGUUGGAAAACGAUGCCACCGGCUUUUCCACUCAGGACUGGGAGAACCUGGAGGAGUGGCAGAGGGAGCUGUUUGGAAAGGUGCUGACAGGGAAGAGAGAAGCCCUGGUCCUGCUGGACGAUGUCAUCUCCGAACCUGCCCUCUUGUCCCGGCUCCAGGGAGGAGAAGCACCCUGCAGUGAGGAGGAGGCAGCUCCUGGAGAGAUCCCAGCAGAACCAGAGGCUCUGCUGUUUGAACUCAAUGUGAGCAGCUGGGACAGCAGAGAAGCGCAGGAAAACCAGGAGGGAAGAGCAGGACUGGCUGAACCUCGCCAUGCAGACUGCAGCAUUCCAGAGCGGAGCUUUGCUGUCACUGUGAAGCAGGAAGAGGAGGAAGAGCCAUAUGCAAAGGAGCAGGGAGCCAUGGAGGGUGUGGAGUUCUCUGAGCUUGGUGUGGGGCCGGACGCCGCUGGACACAAGGCCCAGGCCCUGGUGGAGGGCGGGAACCGGCCGGGGGCCCGGAGCUGCCCGGACCGGGAUGUGAGAGGGAAUCCCGCAGAGACCGGCUCGGAAAACAGCGUAAUCCAGAUUAAGCAAGAGGAAGAGUUGUGCACUGCAGGUCGGAAGGAGGAGGCUGCAGAAGCUCCUGGAGAGCCCUGCCCAGCAGAGCGAGGAUUUUACGAGCCUGAGGCAUCCAGUCAGACCAGGAGAGGCAGCGAGCUGGAUGCCAGGGAGCUGCCAGGCACAGAGGGUGAGGACCUCCAGAGAGAUCCUGCCACAGGAUUUCAGACUUAUGCAAGAGAUGCUUCGUCGUGGAUUAAACAAGAGGAGGAGCCACCCUGCUCUGGACAGCAGGACUUGGAGAAAGAGGAAAUCUCUGCAGAUCCAAGUACAGAUGAAAAUUUGAAGAGGGACCAUCCAGCAAAUUGCUUGGAGAGCAAGACCUGUGACUUAGAGGUACCAGGAAGGCCGGGAGAGGUGUUUCCCAAAGAUCCCAGCCAUGGAGUGACAUGGGACAGUCAGUGGAAUUCAGAAAUGAUGGAAACAGCCACCACAGGGAAUGGGAACAGCCUUGGAAUUGAUGCUCAGUACGAUUUCUUUAGUGCUCAGGAAAAGAGCCUGGAAAAGAGGCCCUGUGUGUACAGGUGUGAGAGAAACUGCCCACAGCAGGACCAGCCUCAGCAGGCACUGCAGGGAGAAGGGGACCUGUUUCCAGGCCCCACGUAUGAGAGGAUGUUCCCUCUGCUGCACCCACACCCAGGAGAGAUGGGAAUGGGCCUGGGAGAGAAGGGAAUGGGCCCGGGAGAGAAGGGAAUGGGCCCUGGAGCUGCUGCCACCUCCUGUGAGGGGCCAGGGCCCCGCUCCGAGUGUGGAGGGACUCCCCCGGGCACAGGCAGGCCCCGUGAGCAGGACAGCCUGGGCACAGAGGAAGCUGCUGAAAACGAGGAGAGCUUCCCCACGGACACCUCGGGAUCCAGCCCCUGCUGGGAGCCACCCCUGGCCCGAGGCAGCCCUGCCCAGCAGCAGAGCCAGGGCCGGGGCAAAUCCUACAUUUGCAGCGACUGUGGGAAAAACUUUGUUUGCCAUUCGUGGCUCGUUAGGCACCAGACGAGUCACACGGGAGAGAGGCCCUACAAGUGCUCCAAGUGUGACAAAACCUACAGGAGGAAGGAUUACCUCCUGAACCACCAGCGCCGGCACACGGGAGAGAGGCUUUUCCAGUGUCCUCUCUGCAGCAAAAGAUUUGUGCUCAAGAGGAGCCUGCUGAAGCAUCAGGAAGGUCACAUGCAGGACACCCACGUGCCGCUGGUCAGCUGGCCCUGCAGGAACAUCAGCGGCUCUGUGAUGCAUUCCAUUUAGGACAUCCUCCACACCCCCUUGGUGGCCCCUCACUGGGCCCGGGCAGCACCCCCAGCUCUGUGCCAGGCCCCGAUGGCAGGAGGAGGCUGUGGUGGAAAAGGGAGCUGCCUGGGGGUUAUUUUGUGUUAGACAGCAUUCACCAGUGCCUGUGGAUUUGGGGAGGUGCAGUUUGGAGGUACUGCUGGCUGUGAGUCCAUGUGGGAGAGAAACGACGUUGAUAUGGAGCAACUUGUGAUGUGUGUUACAAAGAAGGGUUGUCUGAAUAGAGGGAAAUUAUCCAAAAUGUAUCCAAAAUGUUAUCCCGGGAGUCCGGAGUCCUUGGACUGGGCUGGGAACAAGUGAGUUAAGGGUAUUAAUUGUCCACUAACGAGUGAAAUGUGUCAGGAAACACUCGCUUGGGUGAGGUGCUUUGGGAAAGGAAGUGUUGCCCCUGUGGCUGUAGGAGGAAGCCUCUUUCUUCUGUGGCAAACAGAAAGAAGGCUGCAGAGCCUGGGAGGCAGAUUAUUCCCACUCUUAAAUCCUGGGGCUCCUCACUGCUGAACCCCAAGGGAGAGUUCCUGAAGGGUGAGAUCCUUCCUGGGGGUUGUAAGAUGGCCAGGGAGCCUGGAAUAUGGUUUUAAUUCUGCAUAGCCUUAAAGUUGUGUUGCAUUUCUUUUCCC